AUAUUUCUUAAUGUUUUCAGGGCACAAGUCCAUUGAUUGGUAGACUUGUCACGGCGAGAAGCUAAUUAAGAGUAUCACCACUCUUGCCGAGGCUUAUGUAAGGAAUUUAACUUUGAAAUAUGUCUUUCCCUUUGCUUUGCCAAAUGAGCAUAAGGCGCAUAAGCCAACGUGCCAGAGAUGAGAAAACCAGAAAACUGCUCAGUCGCAUAAUCAGGGUAGAUCAAGCAGGAGAACUGGGAGCUGAUCGGAUUUAUGCAGGACAAAUCGCUGUCUUAGGCAAGACCUCUGUUGGACCCAUAAUACAGGAAAUGAAAGAGCAGGAACAGGAACAUCUGGAGACAUUUAAUCACUUGAUCGUGGAGAAGAGGGUGAGGCCCACUGCACUGCUACCUCUCUGGAAUGUUGCUGGAUUUGUCCUAGGUGCAGGAACAGCCAUGCUGGGCAAGGAAGGAGCUAUGGCGUGUACAGUGGCGGUUGAGUCGGUGAUAGGUGAACAUUAUAACAGUCAGAUUCGAGAUCUGAUGGAGGAUGAUCCAGAGAAACACAAAGAUCUGAUACAGAAACUGAGUAAAUUUCGAGAUGACGAACUUCAUCAUCAUGACACUGGAUUAGAACACGAUGCAGAAAAGGCACCAAUGUAUGAAGCUCUUUCACAGGUGAUAAAAGUUGGAUGUCAUGGAGCUAUUUGGUUAUCCGAAAGAAUAUGAAGUUUAAAACAAUUCAUAUAUGUACUUAUAUAAUGCUGAGAGAGAGACAGUAUGAGAAGUAAUGACAGUGCAUGUGGUAUACAAGCGGCAAUUUUUGAAAAUUGAAUAAACCAAUUUUGACUAGUCUUACAUAA